UUUUCAUUUUUCAUAUAUUUAUACAUUAAUAAUUAUUUUAUUUUUGCUUUCUGCGGCAAAUGUCAUGCUGAAUAAGUCGAAAGAGCGCAUGCUCUUAACCCAAAAGAGAGUCAGCUGUGAGCAAAACAAAAAACAGCUGUUUGCAAUCAGCUGUUUAAAGUACACGCGAAUAACUGAACGCACAUCAAAUAAAUAUACGAUUCAAAUAUUAAACAAUUUGCAUAGUGAAUCUAGUGAAAUAUGUCAUAAUGUCCAAAUUACCCAAAGUAGCGCUCAGCUUAAAGCAGUUCAUGCUGCGCCAGGAGGUGCUGAAGCUGUACAGGGAAAUUUGGCGCACCACACGCCUGGUGCCGGACCAGCACAGCCGGCGCGAGCUGCGAGAAUGGGCGCGUCACGACUUCCAGGCGAAUCGCAACCAGGACGACGAGGUGGCCAUCAAGAUGCUGCUGCAGAGCGGCAGACGCAGCCUAACGGAGCUGCAGACUAGCCUGGAAUUAAGCGGAACGAGCGCCAAGAGCGGCGGCAAGUGAGGAAAAUGCCUA